CAUGCCUCUUAUAAUGGACACACAGACACAGCUGAACUUCUCCUACGACAAAAUGGCAUCAAUGCCAAUAAAAUGGACAAUGAUGGUGACACUCCUCUCCAUGUGGCAGUUCAAAAGCACACUAUGGUGUGGUAUCGUUGAUGCUGGCCCAGGAUUCACUGAAACUGGAUAUUGAGAAUCAUAAGAAAAUGACACCAUUGCUGAAAGCCGUCUCCGGGGCCCACCUCGGAAUAAUCCAUAAACUUAUUAUACUUGGUGCAAACAUAAAUGCUGUCGACAAUGAUGGCAAUAAUUGUUUGCACCUCGCCAUAAAAAAGAAAGAGAUGUUCCAUUCUGAGGUGGAACCCAUUCCCAUUUUAGAUGAGUGCUGCAGAGAGCUCCAACUGGACAUGGAUAGGAGGUUCUCUGGAAUAGUAGUUGGGAGUUAUCUUGCCAGCAAAGGAGCCAGCUUAUAUCAUCGUAAUGAUAAGAAAGUGACCCCAUUGGACUACAUAAAAAAUCAACAUUUGAAAGAAAAAUUAAAAACAUUUUUACAAUCACUGUGUCGGUGGUGUCAAGAGAAAAAGGCUACUGUCACACUCCAUCCAUGUCAACAUACCGUUACUUGUCAGAAUUGCUGUUCUCAAAUGACAUUUAAGCAAUGCCCCAUAUGUCGACAACACAUACGCAGCAAAAGUGGAUUUGUGUGUCCAAAGUCUGAAGAAGAAGCAGCCCAGGCAGUUGUAGAGCCUGUUGUGUGUCCAAAGUCUGAAGACAAAGCAGUCCAGGCAGUUGUAGAGUCUGUUGUGUGUCCAAAGUCUGAAGACAAAGCAGUCCAGGCAGUUGUAGAGUCUGUUGUGUGUCCAAAGUCUGAAGAGAAAGCAGUCCAGGCGGUUGUAGAGUCUGUUGUGUGUCCGAGGUGUAGAGAGAAAGCAGUCAAGAUGGUUGUAGAGUCUGUUGAGAGUUUAAAUUUGGAGGAAAACCGCGCCCAUAGCACAUCGAAGAAGGUGGCAGUUAAGCAACAGCAAGUUGAAACUCCAAAGUUAGAGGAGAGGUGUCUCCAAGAUGUUGCAAAACUAUUAGGAGCCAACUGGCAGCAAGUUGGCAGGAAUUUAGGAAUCAGAAAUGUCCAACUGGGGAUUAUCAGGCAUGACAAUCCUUUAAACACUAAAGAGCAGAGCUUCCAGAUGCUGCACACAUGGUACACAAGUUGUGAUCCAGAGAGACGAACACUCAAAACACUCAGAAAAGCUCUUGAGGAAGCUGAAUGCUUUGAGGCACUUGAAUGUCUACCAUCAGAAGAAAAUUGAACUUGUGUGUAAAUGCUGCAGUUGUUUAGUCCAAGGUCAACCUUGACUAAACAGAGACUCAUGAUCAAAUGCCUUCCAGCCAGGACCCUCCUGACUUUAUCCUUAGUAUAGGGAACCCAACAUCACAUUGUCCAAUGUGAUAAUUGAAUUGAGCAGGAUUUGGCUACUAAUUCUAGCAAAUCUAUCAACAACAUAAGAGACUCCCUUCCUGAAUUGGUUAUUUUCUUCUUAGAAAUUAACUUUUGAAAUAAAGAUAAACUUUGAAAUGUU